AUGCACCACAAAGUCGUAAUAAUCGGCUCCGGCCCCGCCGCCCACACGGCUGCUAUCUACCUCUCACGGGCCGAACUUUCCCCAGUAUUAUACGAGGGCAUGCUGGCGAACGGCAUCGCGGCCGGCGGCCAACUAACCACCACCACCGACGUGGAAAACUACCCCGGUUUCCCCAAGGGCAUUGGCGGGCAGGAACUCAUGGACGAGAUGCGCGCCCAAAGCGAGCGGUUUGGGACUAAGAUCAUCUCCGAGACAAUAGAGCGUGUGGAUCUGUCGAGCCGACCGUUCAAGCUAUGGCAGGAAUACGAAGAGGAGCCCAUAACUGCAAGUGCGGUGAUUAUUGCCACCGGCGCAAAAUGGGAUCAGUGCGUGCGCGGUGUGCGACGGGGCGGUGCCCAUAUUCAGAAAAAACCGCUCGUGGUGAUUGGAGGGGGCGAUUCGGCGGCUGAGGAGGCGAUGUUCUUGGCAAAAUAUGGGAGCGAGGUUACCGUGCUGGUGAGGCGGGAUGCGCUGAGGGCGAGCAAGACGAUGGCGAAGCGAUUGUUGGCACAUCCGAAGGUGAAGGUGAGGUUCAAUACUGUGGCGACAGAGGUCACGGGAGAGGAGAAGACGAGUGGGUUGAUGACGGGGUUGAGGGUGAAGAAUCCGAAGACGGGUCAGGAAGAGCAUCUCGAGGCGAACGGGCUAUUCUAUGCUGUAGGGCACGACCCGGCGACGAAGAUGUUUGAGGGGGUGAUUGAAAUGGAUGAGGAAAAGUAUAUUCUGACCAAACCCGGGACGUCGUACACAAAUAUAGAAGGAGUCUUUGCUGCAGGUGAUGUUCAGGACAAGAGGUACAGACAAGCUAUUACGAGCGCUGGCAGUGGCUGUAUAGCCGCUCUCGAGGCAGAAAAGUUUUUGGCAGAGCAGGAAAAUGAGGAGGUCACCGGAGGCAUAGAGGGUGAGAGUGAAGCAAGGAAACCGAAAGAGAACGGAGAAGCGCCUGAAUAUCGGAGCAAUCCGUUGUUGUAG